AUGAAAACCGCAACUGAUGGAAUCACCAAAAUCUCAAAGGAAAGAAAAGAAUGGAAUGUUGAAGACAAGCUUGCAAUUCAAAACAAUGUCAAAGCCAAGAAAAUUCUGAUAUGUGGCAUAGGACCAGAUGAAUACAAUCGAAUCUCGUCUUGUCAAGAUGCCAAAGCCAUAUGGGAAACACUGCAAACCGCUCAUGAGGGAACAACGCAAGUCAAGAAGUCCAAAAUUGAUAACUUGAACAGGCAAAAUGAGCUGUUCAGGAUGGCAGAAGGGGAGACCAUUCAAGACAUGCACACCAGGUUCACCUCCAUCAUUAAUGAGAUGUACUCUUUAGGAGAGAUAGUGCCUAAUGGAAAGGCAGUAAGGAAACUCUUGAGUGUCCUUCCUGAAACUUGGGAAAGCAAAGUCGAGGCUAUCACUAAAGCCCGCGACCUAGACUCACUGGCCAUGGAUGAGUUAAUUGAUAAUCUCAUCACAUACGAACUCAAGAAAAACCAAGAAAAGGAAAAUGGAGGAAAAAGAAAGGAAAGAAACCUGGUUCUAAAAUCUACUACAUUAGAUGAUUUUGAAGAUGAAAAUAUUGCCUUCAUAACCAAAAGGUUCACCAGAAUGCUAAAGAGAGGGCAGACCUUUCAAAAGAAAGCUUCUCAAAAACCUUCUGAAAACAUUAAAGACCAGAAAAAGGCAAAUUUUGAGAAGGGCAAAGACAUCAAAAAGGAUAAGUUUGUCCCCUCAAACAGAAGAAUGACAACUCAAGAGGCAGAUAUGUCAAUGAAGAGGGCCUUUGCAGCAAUGGGGAAUUCAUCUGAAGAAGAGUCUGAGGGUGAUGAGACAGAAAACCAGUCCCUUCUUGCACUAGAACAAGAAGAUGAUUAUGACUUUCUUGCCCUUGUAGCAGUAGAAACCAAGGAAGAAAAGGAAACCUGCAUAUCACAAGAAACCAUACUAGCACUCAUGGCUGGAUCAUAUUCUGAAGAAGAUAAAGAACAAGAAGAAGAUAUGAAUGAAAAGGUUAGUCUUCAUCACAUACAAGACAAUCUAAGCUCAUACUCAAAAAGGGAGCUAGAAUCCCUACUCUACACUCUCAUUGAUGCAUAUAAAACCAUAGACUCAAAAAGGGAAUUGAUAAUGGAAAACUAUGCAUCACUAAGAGAAGAAAACAAGAUUCUUGAAAAACAGAAUCUUCAUCAUUUAUCCAAGAAUACUGAACUAAGAAAAAACCUAGAGUUGGUAACAAAAAGGAAUGAAGCACUCUCCAAAGAGCUUCUUGUGACUAAAACUGAAGCAGAAAAUGGAAUGAGAUGGACUAGGUCUUCCAUACUGCUUGACAACAUUCAAAAGAAUCGCACAUCUGGGAAACAUGGGAUAGGUUUCGAUAGAACUAGCUCUCAAGGAUCAGUGAAGAGGAAGCAUCAACAAUGGUACUUGGAUAGUGCAUGUUCCAAACACAUGAGUGGAGAUAAAAGAAGCUUCCUCUCACUCAAGAACAUCAAAGGAGGAAACGUUGCCUUUGGUAAUGGUAAAAGUGGUGAAAUUCAGGGAAUUGGAAAGGUUGGAUCAAAGGAUACUCAUGCAAUUGAGAACGUAUAUUAUGUGAAUGGCCGACAACAUAAUCUUUUGAGCGUAUCUCAAAUAUGUGAUAAAGGAAACAACGUUCUCUUUACAGAAAAGGAAUGCAGAGUAACAAACUCAGUGACUGGAAACCUGGUUCUACUAGGUAAGAGACACAAGAAUGUGUACAAAGUCAAGAUUGUUGCCUCCAAGGAAGAUACUCUUAAAUGUCUAAGUGCAGUCUUAGAUUGCUCCAUGCUAUGGCACAAAAGAAUGGGACCAAUAGCAUGA